AUGUCCGCUCUGAGCCAAGAAACGUGUGGUGCCCUCGAGGAGCUCGAUCGUCAACUCGCGGAUAUCGAGGCUGAGGUACGUCAGGUGGAGGGCGAACUGGAUUCGGGUUGCCUCACCCCCGAGAGAGCUCAGCAUGUCCUGGCACAGGUUGAGGCUAGACUCGAUAAGUUGCAGUUCAGAGGGAUCGACGAGAUAGAGACCGGCAAUCUCCACUCAGGAAAGGAGACCGCAAAGUACGCCCGUAAGGAGUUGGUGAGGAGAGCCGAGCAGCUUAGUCAGAAAAUCGAGUCCAUAUUCCGACACUUGCAUGCUGCUGCUUGA